AUGGAAUGUCAAAAUCCUCUUAUUAAAAAGAACGGAGACGAAGACAUAGACACGGAUGCAAAACAAGUGACUGCGUAUGAUGCAUUACCAAUAUACAAAUCUGAAUCAGAGAAUAAAAACAAUAUUACACAAUCUACUCGUCCACAAACAGGAUCAUCUUUAUUUCAUCGGAAAGCAAUAUUGAUUUUAAUUAUGAUUGUCGUUCUUAUUCUAAUAACUAUCAUUAGUGUUACAAUAUGGGCUGUUUUCAUUAAAAAAGUCGGAACAACAAUUAAUGAACCAAAACUCAAGAAAUGGAAACAAAAUGCCAUCACUGUAGCUGGUGGAAAUGUGAAAGCACAAAAACUAAAUCAACUCAAUCGUCCUCAUAGUAUCUUUAUUGACAAGAAGAAAAAUAUUUUCAUUGCUGAUCAGGAUAAUCAUCGUAUUGUUGAGUGGAAAUAUAAUGCAAAAGAAGGACAAAUUAUUGCAGGUGGAAAUGGUAACGGAAGUGAAAUGAAUCAAUUGAAUGAGCCAACAGAUGUGAUCGUUGAUCCACAAACCCAUUCGAUCGUCAUUGCUGAUCGUGGAAACAGACGAGUUAUUCAAUGGUUGAAUCAAAAUCAACAAAUUCUAAUUGAGAAUAUUGACUGUUAUGGCUUGGCAAUGGAUAAAAAUGGUUUUCUUUAUGUUUCUGAUGAGAAGAAGAAUGAGGUGAGACGAUGGAAAAUGGGAGAAUAUAACAACGAAGGAAUUGUAGUGGCAGGUGGCAAUGGAAAAGGAAAUAAAUUCAAUCAACUUGUUUAUCCUACUUAUAUCUUUGUUGAUGGAUAUCAAUCUGUUUAUGUAUCAGAUAUGAGCAAUCAUCGUGUGAUGAAAUGGAGUAAAGAUGCAAAAGAAGGAAAAGUUGUGGCUGGAGGAAAUUGUCGAGGAAGAAAUCUGAAUCAAUUGUUUUUUCCUGAAGGAGUCAUUGUUGAUGAUUUGGGUCAAAUCUAUGUGGCAGAUUGGUGGAAUCAUCGAGUAAUGCGUUGGUGUGAAGGAAAGAAAAAAGGUGACAUUGUUGUUGGUAGAACUCGUCAUGGAAAUCAAUCGGAUCAAUUGAAUUAUCCUAGUGAUUUAUCUUUUGAUGAUGAAGGAAAUCUUUAUGUUGCUAAUUGGGGAAAUGGUCGAAUUGAAAAAUUUGAAAUAAUUUUGUGA